AAAAUCCCCAUCGAAUGAUAUAAUCCACAAAUUUUAGAACUUGAAUGAUGAAUUACUAGUGUUCCGAAAAGCUUUGCUCUUGCUUAUGGGUUCGGAUAGAAUAUGGAAUUGCAAUUUAUAAAGACGACCCCUCUUUGGAGCAAUAAAGCCAAGCUUGUUUGAUUGCUAGUCUUCACCGGCACAAGGUGUCAAUUGCAGUGGUCCAUCAAUUUUGAAAAGAGCUGUAGAAGCUUGCACUCACGGAGGCACUGUAGAUGCUGGCGGCCACAAACUGCAGCCAUAAGAUGGAGCAGCAGCAACAGUUGAAGGAGAAGAAGAUUAAAAACCUUAAUCACCAACGGCUUCCGCUGAAUCCCAACUGGGCUCAACUCCAACAAAAGCUGAACCUCCGCCCUGGUUUGAAGCCGUCGAGGCCCUCAGACCAUCUGAAUCCAGGAACUCAGAGGCUUGUUUUAGGUGAAAAACAUGUUCUCUUGAUCACCUAUCUCAAGGAACUUUAUGAUACUUCGUUGGAAGCUUCUGAGAUUUUGGACUACCUUCUCGCAGGAAAGCGUAAAGCUAGAACUGAUGAGCAGUCCGAGGAUCCUAAGCAGAGUCCUCUUGUGCCGUCAAACGAUGAUUUCAGUUUGACAGAUGCUGUCGCCAUGGAUUGUGAAAUGGUUGGUGUUGGUCAGGCAAACCGAAGUGCUCUUGGACGAGUUACAUUGGUAAAUAAGUGGGGAAACGUUAUAUAUGAUCAAUUUGUUCGACCCAUGGAGUUAGUUGCAGACUUCCGCACACAUAUUAGUGGAAUUCGACCAAAGGACUUGAAAAAAGCCAAGAAUUUUCCAGCUGUGCAGAAGGAAGUGUCCGAGUUGAUUAUGGGAAGGAUUCUUGUGGGCCAUGCCCUGUCCAACGAUUUUAAGGCAUUGCUAUUAAACCAUCCAAAAAAGGACCUGCGUGAUUCUUCAGAGUACCCACCUUUCCUCAAGGAAGGACGGAGGAAGUCGCUUAAGCAUCUUGCAUCCGAGUUUCUUGGUGUCAAUAUACAAUAUGGAGAGCACUGCUCUAUAGAAGAUGCAAGAGCCACAAUGUUACUUUAUCAGAAGAACAGGAAGGAGUGGGAAAAGUUUGCUAAAUAUCAAACCAGGUUGAAACAGAAACAGCAGAAACACAAGCAGAAAAAGAAACCAAAGGAAACUGAUGUUUCAAAUGCGCACGAUGCUUCUGCAGCUUCACCAUAAUGGGCAUGGCUGCUGAUGUUUGAUGAUGAUUGAAGAGAAGACUCAAUCUACGCAAUCUAGGGGCUUCUCGUCCUUUGUCUAUGCCUGGAGUUUGGGGAGGGGUUCAAAAGACGGCAGCAUAGAGAGAGUUUGAGUCGUCAUCAAGUGAAGUUAGAUAUGGCUAGGAAGCGAAGUCGAGUGGUGCUCGUGAGCAUGAUGACCUCCCUGGUGGUGCCGUGGUAGUCUUUUGUUGCGGCUCUUACUCUUCUCUUUGCUUUGAUCAGAAUCAGUAACCUCGUGUACUGGAAUCAAUCCCACAACUAUUUGAUAAUUUUUUUCGCACAGAAGAUAAUUAAAUAAGGACUCAUCUAGUAAUUGUAGUAGUAAUGUUACAAUAGAGCUAGAACCACUGGUAAUACUAUGAAAUUAUUAUGAAGAAAUUAUUAUGGAGGUUGUCAAUUUUCUAUGUUUAGUUAUUUCAUUGUAGCUCAAUAGUAUUAAUGUUCCG